UUUGCUUUCACUUGCCGAUCCUUAGGUGUCAGAAUGGUUUUUAGCGCAUUUAAGAAGUUGCUUGUAAGACCUCCGAGGUUUUUGCAGUUGUGCCGCAACUUUAACUUACCCGAAUAUCAAAGCAAAAUUUUGAUGAAUGAAUAUGGUUUAGCAGUUCAGGACUUUCGUAUCGCAUCUUCAGUUGAAGAAGCUGAGCGCAUUGUUGCUGCAUUCAAACCGGAAGUUUAUGUACUUAAAGCCCAAGUUCAAGCUGGUGGAAGAAAACUCGGCCACUUUGCGCACGGUGGAGGCAGUGGAAUUCAAUUCACUAGCGAUCCUCAUGAGGUCCCUAUAAUUGUUUCAAAAAUGCUUGGUGAUCGGCUGAUUACAAAGCAAACCACAGCUGAUGGUAUUGUCGUUAAUACAGUUAUGAUAGCUGAAGCCAUAAAACUAAAGAAAGAGCGGUAUCUUGCUGUUUUGCUGGACCGUGAAGCCUGUUGCCCCGUUGUAGUGACAAGUUUGGAGGGCGGUGUUAAUAUUGAAGACGUUGCUCGCACUAAUCCAGAUGCGAUAAAAAAGGAAUUUAUUGAUUUACAAGAAGGAAUGACAGAUUUAAAGGCCGGAAAUAUUGCAUCUUCUCUCGGCUUUCCAUCUGGCUCAAAUCAGCACAAGUUCAUGUGCAGCCAGCUUAAAAACCUUUAUAACUUAUUCGUCGAUCUUGAUUGCCUUCAGGUUGAAAUUAAUCCCUUUGGUGAAGUUGAGGAUGGCAGUUUGGUUAACAUGGACGCCAAAUUUUCUUUUGACAAUAACGCUGCCUACCGUCAGCCUCGCAUCGCUGCCUUAGCUGCCCAGUCACGCAAACUUGAUGUCGAGGCUGCUGGAGAGAACUCACUGUUGGCUCUUGAAACGAACGCUGAGGCUCAUGGUCUUAAUUACAUUGGCCUGGCCGAUGGUAAUAUUGGCUGCAUGGUUAAUGGUGCUGGUCUUGCCAUGGCUACACUUGACCUUCUUUCGCUCCACAAUGGAAAAGCCGCUAAUUUUCUUGAUCUAGGUGGAAAGGCUAGCCAAGAAGAUGUGGAAUUCGCAUUGCAGACUCUCACAUCUGACAAACGCGUGAUGUGUAUCCUCAUUAACAUAUUCGGAGGCAUAGUUAACUGCGGGAUGGUAGCCGAGGGCAUCGUGGAGGCAUGCCGCCAUAAGAAACCCAAGGUACCCAUCGUGGUACGCCUGGAGGGCACAAACGCGGCUGUAGGUCAGCAGGUCCUGCGAUCCUCCGGAAUGAAUAUCCAAAUCGCCGGAGACAUGGAGGAAGCUGCUACCAUGUCUUGCGGUCUCGUCAAGUAG